CACAUUGUUAUUUCCUCUCCAAUCAUGAGAACAUCAGGGAAAUCUUUGGGCUUUUUCACUCUGCUACUCUUCAUCCUCUGGCUUCCAAAACAUUCAGCAGACCCUGAUCAGCUGACAGCUCCAAGGAUCAUAAACGCAGCGUAUGGCGGAUCUGUGACUGUGUCCUGUCAUUAUGACCCUCAGUUCAGAGACAACACGAAGUACUGGUGCAAGGGGCCAAUAUAUGAGCUGUGUAAGAUUGUUGUUAAAACGCCGAAGAAGCGCCACAGUGACAGAUGCUCCAUUGCUGAUGACAAAGAGGCAGGAGCCUUCACUGUUACUAUGUCAUCUAUUAGACGAAGUGAUCAGGACAUGUACUGGUGUGUUCUUGCCAGGCCUGGAAGGAAUAUUUUCACUGGCGUCAAGCUCAUCGUCUCCAACAAAGUGAUAGCAGCAACCAGCACAACACCAACAAAUUCUUUGGAGACCAAUGAACAAGACAACAUUCGGUGGUGGAAGCCGCUUCGAUGGAUCAUCUUUUCUUCAAUGGUGUUUAGUUUAAUAUCAGUUCAUAUAGCUGCGUGGAGGAUAAAGGCUGCACACAGAAUAUGGCACAGCAAUGUUCCUCAACACAAUUCCAAUAUAUAUGGGUGAAAGAACGUGUGAAAUAUGACUAUAUACCGUACUACAAAAAUAAUUCUGUAUAUAUUCUACCAAUGUGAAAACGACAGCUUCCCAGUAGUUCAAAUAUGCUUUUAACUUUGGUUUUAAGUUCAGUGGGCAUAAUAAUGUACUGUACAGUAUGUGCAGUGUAAUGUACAAUAUAUGUUAAGGCCUAUUUGUAAAUGUGUACAUUGUGUCUGUGUUGACUGCUGAUUGUCAGCAGAAUUACUGACAUGACAAAUUGUCACAAAGCCUGUGCUGUGUAAGAGACAAACAAUGAA